CAAAAAGAAAAAAAAAUAAGAAAACAAAAUGCAAGCAAACAAUAAAAAAAGUGAAAAUGCUAUAUUGUGAUCAACACUCAGUACCCAUAGUCCUCUCUCUAGGUGCAGCAUUUAGCAUUUUCUUGACUGAGAAUCUGGAAGAAUUUAUCAUUCCUGCUGUAGUUUAUUUUAAAGAUGAGGAAACUGAGGCAAACAGGGUUAAGUGAUUUGCCCACAGUCACACAGCUAAGUUUCUGAGGCCAGAUUUGAACUCAGGAAGAGGAGUGCUCCUAAUUCCAACCCAAGACUAUCCACUGUAUCACCUAGCUGCAGAGAUAUCAGUAUCAAGUCUGAUUUGAUAUUGCAGGAAAAGGUGAUUUCUCCUUAGUUUCAUUUGGAUAAUGUGAGGUUUGAAGCCAGAUUGCUAGAAGUUUAAAAAGUCAGAGAAAGUGAAAGCAAUGAAUAUAAGCAGUUUUUUCUAGGAGUUUUGUUGUGAAAAAGGGGGGAGAGAGAGAGAGAGAGAGAGAGAACCAUUGAGGGUUUUUAGGAUCUAGUAGAUUUGGAUAUGAUUGUAGGCAGAAAGAGCCAGUAUGGAAAGAUAGAAAACUAAAGGGCAUGAUGGUAAGGGGAAGCUACUGGAGGCAAUGGAAUCAAGGAAACAAGUAGACAGGAUAGUUUUGGGGGAAAGGAUCACCUCUAAUCAGAAAUAGGAGGAAAGGGUGGGAAUGUUGAUCACAGGAUUUUAAGAUAUAAAUGAGAGGAAAGUGGCUAUUUAAAAUGGCCUCUAUUUUCUUAGCGGUUGUGAGGUCCCUUAUGGAGAGAGAAAGGAAAAAGAUGAAAGAGAAAGAUAAAAAGAUGGUUCAGGAGGCUUAAGGAGAGAAGUGGUUUAAAAUUGCAGCUGUGGGGAAUGAUGGGGAAUCCAUUAGGAGAAAAAUAAAAGAUACAUCUUGCUGAAUGGUAAUAUUAGAGGAACAAAUUCAUACUAGACCCAGUCACCCUGAUGUGAAUUCCUUUUAACACCCUUUAGCAAUACUUGACUAAGAACAUAAAAAAUCACAUGGUCUGGGUUAUCCAGGGUUGGCCUCAACAAGGCAUCCAUGGUGAUAGAACAAAGGAGCAAAAUUUUUUUUCUUUAUAAAUUGAAACAGACCUAGUUUUCUUCCUGACUUAAUCUUGUACAAAGACAUCUGGUACUACCAUGGAAAAGGCUGAAUAUAUUAGUUCCACUGAUGAAACUAGAUUGCUGUAGAAAUGUCAGCAGAACUGACAUUCCAAGUUCUGUAUCUCUUUUUCUGGAUUCCAUAUCUAUACUUCCAAGUAUAAUUUGGCUUAAUUGUCAUAAAAAGUUCUCUGUGAGCUUUUUUCUUCAUUGUUUAAUGCUAUAUCAUGAGGCAUUACCCAUGGUUUUCUUUGUUCACCUGUAAUGCUUGGUGGGUAGCUUAACUCUAAAGUAGGAUAUCCUCGGCUGCCAUAUCUUUCUUUUUAGAAAAUACAUUGGUUUUUGCUGACUUCAUGUAGUUUCAGAACACUUUCAGCUUCGUUGUUGUAAUUGCUGUUUUGUAGGAUUAACUUCUAAGAAAUGAUGAUGGAAACAUGUUCAUUUUGUUCAUUUCUCUCUUUUCAGAAUCAAGUUGUUUAAAUUGGUCAGGUUAUAAAAUUGUCAUAAUCACACAGCAUCUUCUCAUCUUUCUCCUUCCAGUUUUUUUUUUUUACUUUGAACAUUUCUCUUAUUACCUGAUAGUGUAUCAUUCUGAAAUGAUUGCUAUAUCUGUAAUUAUUUCCUGUUUAAUAUAGUCAAAAUUAUUUUUAUAAUGCUAUCUAGUGACUGAGACUUCAAAGAAGUCUGGAAGCCCCACCCCUUUUUUUUCCACUUCUUGAUCCAGAUUCGUAUUUUCCAACUUGAUUUUUGACAUCCUUUUCUUUGUCCAACUUUGCAUUGAAUUAAUUUAGUGUAUUUUGACUUAGUUUGGUUAGUUUUGACUUAAUUUGCAAUCCAAUUCAGCAAGCAUUUAUGUGCCAAAUGUGCUCUGUGUGCCAAACACUAUGGUAGGCCCUGGGUAACAUUAACAAAAAUGUAGUAGUAGUACCCUACUAUAAGGAACUUAGAUUCAAACACCAUAUAUACAGAUAAGUAAAUAAAAAAUAUGUACAAAGCAAAUCCUAAGUAAUUUUGGAUCAUUAACAAAUUUAGGAAAAUCAGAAAAGACCUCCUGUAGGAGGUGAAAGUACUUUGAAUUGAAUUUUGAAAGGAACAUGGAUUCCAAGAAGCAAAAGUAAACAUGAGGAGCAUUCUAGGCAUGGGAUACAACCUGUACAACGGUACAAAGAGUAAGACAAAUCUUAUUCUGCAGCCAUGAAAUUUCUACUGAUUUUUGACUUUGACCAUACAAUCAUAGAUGACAAUAGUGACACCUGGAUUGUGAGAUGUGCUCCUGAGAAAAAUCUUCCCAAUGAACUAAAAGAUUCUUAUGAAAAAGGAAAGUGGAACGAAUAUAUGGGCAGAGUCUUUAAAUAUUUAGGAGAUAAAGGAAUAAGGGAAUAUGAAAUGAAAAGAACUAUGACAGAAAUACCUUUUACUGAAGGAAUGAUAGAGCUUAUAAACUUUGUUGGAAAGAAUAAAGAUAUUUUUGACUGUAUAAUCAUUUCAGAUUCAAAUACAGUUUUCAUAGAUUGGAUUUUAGAAGCUGCCAAAGUUCGUGAUCUGUUUGAUGAAGUGUUUACAAACCCAGCAGCUUUCAAUGACAAUGGUUAUCUUAUUCUGGAAGGUGUUCAUGUUCAUAAUUGUGAUAAGUGCCCAAAGAAUCUCUGUAAAAAAAAAGUUAUGAUAGAAUUUAUAGAUAAACAAUUACAAAAAGGAGUGAAAUACACCCAAAUUAUUUACCUGGGUGAUGGUGAGAAUGAUUUCUGUCCAAUAACCUCUCUAACGAAGAAUGAUGUUGCUAUGCCUCGCAAAGGUUAUUCUUUAUAUAAUUUGAUUUCUGACAUGCCUCAAGAUGCUUCUCUGGAACCUUCUAUUGUAAUUUGGUCAUCAGCUUCUGAAAUACUUUCUCAUUUGAAAUUACUUACAAAGGAAUGAUUUAUAACAAAAUUGGAGAUAGAUUAAAUGAAUAAGAAAAGAAGCUUAUACUUAAAUUUUACAUAGUAGCAGAAAAAGUAGUUGUUAUAUUCUAAAGGAAUAUAUGCAAUAUCAGUAUAUCCCAAAUUUAAUACUUUCCUUUUGAGAUGAAAUGCAAGAAAGUGUAAUUUUUUUUAAAAAUGUUCCUAAUUCGCUUCAUAAAAUCUCAUUUAUUAUUUUACAGGGAAUAGGUUUAUUCACUGUACAUAUGAUUCUUGUCAAUGUAAUCUCCAGCAACAAAACUUAAAAUUCUUAAGAAUAUUCAUUAGCACAGGGCAUGUUAUAGUAACUUUUUUAGAGAAUUGUGCCAUUGAAAUAAAGUCUUACUGACACUAUUAUACCAAAACAUGUUAAUUUUAAGGAUCUAAUUUUUAGGCUUAAAUGUCCAGCAUGUAAUUACUCUUCUGGUUUUUAUUCCAAAUUAUUAAUAGAGGCCCUUAGCCCCUAAAAGAUGUACUUAGAAUAAUUUAAUGUGGAAAAAAUGUGUACCAUUUAUUCAGUUAUUUUGUAAAUGUAAAACAUAAAUAAACACAUCUCAUUUACCUUUAUUUGUUGUAGAGAAAGUGACUUAGAGAUCUAUUAGAUUAAAUUAUUUUGGAUCACAUCCAGUCUUACAGAUAGACAUCUAUCAAUAUGUCAGCUCUAAUAGUUGUUUUUGAAAUUUUAGUAGUAAAGUAUGUUUAAAUUUUUUUAGAACUUUAUGUAAUACAUACAUACUCCACAUAAAAUUAUCCCAACCAAUAUCUCUUGACAGUAAUACCAGUAAUAUGUUUUGAAUUUCCUCUGUAGAAUCCUUUGAUCAAGAUUAGUCCGGGUACAUUCAACUCAUGUUCAUCUUUGCAUCUGCCUCCUCCAACCAUUGUUAGAUUAUCUCACUUUUUCCCUCCCCACCCAGUCAGUCCCUGUCAUCUUUGCUUCAGUCACAUUUAGAACACCCUCCCACACUAACAAGCUCUACUCUGUAGAACCCUUUCCCUUAAAAUCUAUCUUUUCUCCCUUCUUCCUCCUAAUAUCUCAUUUAAUGACAUUGUUCCUCUGAUUCCAAUUAUAAUGUAUUUCACCUAAUGUCAUGAAAUUAGAGGAAUGAAUUAACAUUAGGCAGGGUAUACUGAUAUAUACAGAAAUGUAUGUAUAUACAAAAGACAGGCAAAAAGCAAGAAAAUACCAAAGAGAAAUUGUAGCUUUAAAGACUUCACGAUAAUAAAAUAUUCUUGUCUUAAUAAAUUGUUUUUCUGCAAACUUGUACCUUGUUCUGCAAACAACUGUUUCUUGAAGGUAAGUUAAACAUUCAAAAAAGUGGCAAAUUUCUUCAAAUGAAUAUAAUUUUUUGGAUCAGUAACUUAACUAAAUGAUACUCUUAUAGCCAGGAUUCUCCAUGUGCUAUUUUGAUAUUUAUAUAGUUAAUAUAAAUUAGUUUUAUCGUCCUCAAUGCCUAUGAAGUUCUAUGUAAGCAGUAGACUUUCUUCCCAAAUCAUGUUAAUUACUUAUGUCAUCUAUUACCAGGAUAUAGCAUCUAGUAAAAAAAAUUAAAAAUAAUUUAUCCUUUAUUCUUAGUGAUUAUAAGAGCUCAUCUGGUCCAAUCCAUGUCCAAAGCCUGAAUGCCAUUACAAAAUCCUUAACUAAUGGUUAUUCAGCAACUACUUGACAGUUGUCCUUCAGUGACAGAAAACUCAAGUCCUAGUUCUACUUUGGGGCAGUUCUAAUUCUUACAAAAUAUUUUCCUUGUGUUUGAUCAAUAAGCAUUUGUUUACCCAGGCUAAAUUCUAGGGAUACAAAAGAAAGAAAAACAGCCCCUACCCUCAAGUACCUCACAUUUUGAUGGAGACCGCAUGCAAACUACAAUGUACAUAGAUUAUAUUUAGAAUAUAGAUGGUAGGUACACUAACAGGAAAUGCACUAGCUAUGGGAGAGGUUCAGGAAAGGCUUAAGCCAACAGGUGGGGUUGGAAUUAUUUUGAAAGGUCAAAGAAGCUAGGAGGCAGUGUUUGGAAAAGGAUCUGCUUAUCUGUUACUUCCACUUACUGUUACAUAUUCCUGCCUUUUAGGAACAAGAAAAAAAUUCUCCUUCCAUAAAACAGGCCCUUAAGUAUUUAAAACAGUAAUGAUGACCCUUUUAACUCUCCAUGUUAAAGAUCUCAAAUUUUUUUUUUUUCAAAUGAGCCAUCCUAAUGGCUCAUCAUCCUAAUUUCUAUUCUUUAGAUUAAAUUCUAACUUGUGCUUAAAAUGUGUCCAAAACUGAACGGAGUUUGCCAGAUAGAGUCUAGUUAGAUCAGAGUAAAAAUAGAUUAUUAUCUCUCAUUCUGGACCUUGUACUUUUAUUCAUGCAGCCUAGUACCAAGUUAGCUUUUUGGAUGUCUUGUAAUACUGUUUCAUGAAUUGCCACAUUAGGAAGACCUCAUGGCACAUUUAUGGGAUGACAUGAACAAGUCUCACAGAUUCAUCAUUAGGACAUCUAAAGAUUAUAGAUCCAUUUUAGUGAUUUAUCCUGUUGGCUUUUAUUGAGUUUGCAGCCCAUGAAAAUUCCCAGAUAUUUUUCACAGUAUUGUUUAUCCUUACAUUCUCUGCUGAUAUGUUGACUGGCUGCUCCUAGGAGGGUGUUCCCCUACAUUUAGCCUUGGAUUUUUCUAUAUCCUUUAUACUUGUUUGUUUGAUCUCAUCAAACCCUUUGUUUCAGUUAUCUCAAGUGACUUCUACAUCAGCAUAGCCAGCUCUCAUCUACAUCACCAACUGCCUAGUACAUAUUUCAAAUGGAAUGUCCCAGAAAUAUCUCAAAAAAUAUGUCAACUAUUUCCUUAUUCCUAAAAGCAACCUUCCUCUAAACUUUUACCAUCCAAAUCUCAACCUAGAGUCACCCUGAUGUGUAACCGCAGUGUCAUCCUCAAUUUCUUACUCCUUCCAUCUCACAUAUGAUUAUUUGCCAAAUCUUGUCCCUUAUAUCUUUAUCACAUCAUUUACAUAUCUUUGUUCAUUACCUUUUGACUAUUGCAUUGGCUUCCUAUUGGUUUGCUGGACCUCCCCUCAACAAGUGUCCUCCCCUCAACAAUUAAUCCUUCACUAUCAUUUAUUUGCCAAAGUAAUUUUCCUAAAAUACAAGUCUGAUUUAUCACCUCCCUACUCAGUAAACUCUAUUAGCUUCCUGUGAUUUCUAGGAGCAACAUAAACUUGAACAUUUAAAGCACUUUAUCAACCCACUCCAUGCUUCUUACUUAACACAUUAUUUUUAAUUCUGUGGUUCAGUAAUAUUGGCCUUCCUGAUUUUCUUAUAACAUGUUGCUCAAUCUCCCAUUUCUGUGCCUUUGUAUGAACUGUUUUCCAUGCUUUUUAUCUCACUAUUGGAAUCACUGGUUUUCUUCAAAAUUGAGUUUAAGCAUCCCAGUCCUUCUUUCCCAGUCUAUCCAGCUACUAUUUUCUUUUCUUAAACUUGCCUUGUAAUCUAUUUUGUAUAUAUCAUGUAUACUCACAUACCUACAUGUUGUUUGCCUAAUUAGACCAGCAGCUUUUUGAGGGCAUGUUUUUUUUUAUUUUUCUUUUUAUCCCUAGCACUUAUUACAGUGCCUGGCACACAGUAAGCACUUAAUAAAUGCUUGUUGGUUGACUGUACAGUUGCCUUUUUGCACCUAAGGGCAGGACUUUCCAUUUGUCUUUACUAAAUUUAACUUUACUAGCUUCAGAUUGUUGUUCAAAAAGUGUGAUGAAAUGAAAAGAAGCUUCAAUAUAGGAAUUAGAAACCUAACCAAAUUCUAACUCUGAAACU